GCUGAAGCCCCCAUAGAAGACGAAGUUCAUCCCACACAGUGCUUGGAGAUGGCAUACACCGACAAACUCUGGCAAGAGACUCCUCUUAUCCGCUCUAUCCACAUCUCAUCGCUUCUCGGAUGUGAUGCGUACCUCAAGCUAGAAAACCUGCACCCGUCCCAGUCGUUCAAAUACCGAGGCAUCUCCCAUUUCGCGCAGCACGCCUACCGCACCCAUGGGCCCGAUACUCACCUCAUCAUUGCAUCGGGCGGAAAUGCCGGCCUUGCCGCAGCCUGUGCAGCUAAUGUCCUUCGGCUCCGGUGCACCGUGUUCCUUCCUCAUGGUGGCCUAAGCCAGCCGACCAUCGAUUUCAUACGCAAGGAGGGAGCGGAAGUUGAGAUUGGGGGCGAUUACUACCUACAAGCUCUGCAGCGGGCGCAGGCCGCCGUGGCGGCAGAAGCUAAGGCGGUCAUGAUCCCUGCGUACGACGAUCCCCUCAUAUGGGAGGGCCACGCGAGCAUGGUACACGAGAUUCAUAGCCAGCUUCCCGAAGGCGUCAGGCCCGACGCGAUUUUCUGCAGCGUGGGCGGAGGUGGUCUCGCCGGAGGGGUCAUAGAAGGCUGUUCAGCCGUCGGGUGGGAUGACGUUCCUCUCGUAACCGUGGAGACUCACGGUUCGAAUUGCUUCUACCAAUCUCUGUCCCUGAACGAGGGCCCGUUCUCCGGCGACGUGUCGUCAAGGCUUACACCGGAAGGGACCAGGGCCGAAUACUGCAGGGAGCACAACGUGACACUGGCCCACCUAGCAAAUCUCACCUCGCGUGCAUCUUCCUUGAAUGCAUCUUCUCCUUCAGCAACAAUCGUCAAGAAAGCGCUGGAGAGAAGGGGAGGCAUCAAGAGCGUUUGCCUUCCUGACGAAAUGGCAAUGCAGGCCGCGCUAUACUUCGCUGAGGACCACAAGAUCCUGGCAGAACUAGCAUGUGCUACAACCCUCGCCCCAGCUUACAAGCCGACCCUUUUCCGAAAGUUGGUUCCGGAAUCUGAGAAGAGGACAACGGUAGUGUUCAUCGUAUGCGGCGGCUUCAAGAUCUCGUUGGCUGACUUGGAGGAAUAUAAGAACAUCGUGGCGUCCGAGAUAGCAGCAGCUAAGGAAUGGGACGUCGCACACAACGGAGAAACCUUCUCCAUACCAAGGUAGAUUGAAGAGCGGUGGGAUGCGCAUUAGUGUACGAAUACAGUGCAGAAGCGAGUAUUGGAGAUGGACGGGUGUAAUGUCAAAUUUUAUGCUGAGUCGAAC